GAUGGAAGCCGCAUAUAAGUAUCUAGAGGCCGCAUAUCAAACUGCUCAGCUGAACUCCGAAACACCUCGAAACUCUACACCGGUCUCACUCGCUCUUCUUCUCCUCAGUCAACAACACGAGUGGAAAUAUAGUCGGCUGUCGAAAGCGUGCAAAAAAUGGGGGAAACGAGCAAAAUGCAGGACGCAGAUGGACUUCGUGUGAUCGUUGUGGGCGGUGGAGUCGCUGGCCUCACACUUGCCAACGCGCUCGAGCAAGCCAAUGUCGAUUAUGUUUUGCUGGAACGCCGUGGUGAAGUUGCAAUCCAACUCGGUGCCUCGAUCGGCAUCUUUCCCAACUCGGCCCGCAUUCUCGAUCAGCUCGGGGUAUGGAAAACGGUCGAGGAGGAAUCGGAGCCCAUCUCUAUCGUGCAUUCGCGUGACAGCACAGGCAGGCUCAUCGCUGAGCCAGACGAAAGCAGCGCUAUGUCUCGGAAAAGGACCGGCUAUGACACUGCUUGGGGAGAGCGGCAGAAGCUCUUGCGAGCUCUGUACGAAAACCUCAAAGACCGCAGCAAGGUCCUCGUCAACAAAGGCCUAGCAGAUAUCGAGCACGAAGCCGACGGCGUCACGGCUGUCUGCGAAGAUGGCUCCUCCUUCCGUGGCGAUAUCUUGAUUGGCACCGACGGCGUCUUCAGCAAAACGCGCACUAAAAUGUGGGAAUUUGCCGAGCCCUACCACCCGGAGCUUGUCAAGAGAGACAGGAACUGCCUCAUUUCCGAGUACAAUUGCCUGUUCGGCAUCGCCUACCUGAAAGGCAAUACUGGGCUCAAGCCCGGGGACUUGGACACGUCGUACAAUCCCGGUCGCUGCGCUCUCACGAUCGCUGCCGAGGGCAAUAAAAUAUACUUCUUUGCCCAAGAGCGCCUGUCGACAACGUACCGGCUCGGUAGCAUCCCACGGUACACCCAAGAAGAGACGGAAGCCUUCAUUGCUCGCAACGGGGACAUUGUCAUCCGGCCCGGUCCGAACAGGCUCACGGUGGCCGACCUGUGCAAGCACGCCAUCACGUACCGGCUUGUUGCCAUUGAGGAGGCCAAGUUCAAGCUGUGGCACUGGGGCCGCAUUGCUUGUGCCGGUGACAGUAUCCACAAGGCGACUCCUAAUCUAGGCAUCGGCGGCAACGCUGCCAUUGAAAGCGCCGCAGCCCUUGCCAACGGAAUCAAGCGCCUUUCCGACUCUUGUGGACGGGAAGGCCGUCGGCCAACACAGCAAGAGGUCGAGCUCAUGUUGGCCGAGUACCAGAAGACGCGCGAAGUCCGUGCCGCCGGUGUCGUGGAUGCCUCUUGGGCCCUAGCACGCGCUCACAACAUAGAAAGCCUGAAGGACCGGUUCAUCGUCUAUCAAGUGAUGCCACGCUUCGCCGAGUUCCUGACUGAGCGCUUGGCCGGUUCCAUGAUUGGCGCCACGAAGCUCGAUUACCUGCCGCUCCCAAUGCGUUCUCUGACCGGUACGCGCCCUUUCAACCCGUCUCAGGGCGAGGGCCUGCAGGAGAGCAGGCUCAAGCGCAUGUUGCUUGCACUACCGCUCCUCGGACUUGCAUUCGCGGCUUUUUUUGUCAUGGAUGCGAGACCCUCGAUCCAGUGGGCCGAGGAGCUACGGGAUAGCGGCGUGGUCCAACUCGAGACCGGCUCCGUCCCCAUUCUCCGGUCCUUCUAUGGUAUUAAAGGCUUUGACGACCUUUUCUCGCUCCUUAAUACGUACUUCUUCCCCUCCGUCUAUGGCUAUGACUCGGCUUCUCGACGCCAGGUGAUCUCGUUUCUUACCGACGGCACCGUGCUGUUGACUAUCUGGAUGUUCGAAUCCGUCCGCCGAGCAAACAAGCUGACGCCGUUGCAGUGGCCCAACCUUUUUGCCCUCCUAGGUCAAUUUAUCGGCAUAGGCUGUGCCGCCCCGCUCUACUGUUUCCUGCAUUACACUCUCUCCCCAAUAGAGUCCUUCGCCUCGCUCGAUCAGCGACUGACCAACGUGCGCUGGUCGCGAGCCGCGCUGCCGGCCGUGCUGCUGGCGUACCUGGUGCCACUCUACAUCACCAUGGUCUGGCCUGACCUGGCCGCGCGGCAGCUCCUACUCUUUAUCUGGCAGCUCUACCCGGUGUGGCUGUCCCUCACGCUGUACGCCGUCUCCCGCCUCUGGCCCGACACGGAGAAAACCGACAGGGUCCACGGCGUCCACCGCGACCGGCCCACCAUGCGCUGGUACGUGGGCUCUGCGAGCGUGCUCGCUUCCGCCGUGUGGCUCUGGGCCGCCUGGCUCCCCGCGGGUCAGGGCCACGGGCUGUUCCAGGGAAUCCGCGAGGUCUUUUUGCCUGGGGGCUUGCCGAGGAGUAGAACCUCAUUGGUGGAAUUCACGGGCGAGUUUUUGAGGUGGGAUGAGGUGUUUGGAUUUGGGUCGCACCUUGUCUGGUUGGGGUACUUGUAUUGGGAUCUGACAGCAGCGGGCAUGCUGAAGGAGGGGUGGUUGCGGAUGAUGGGGCUGGGCGUGCUGAGCUUGCUGGCUUUGGGUCCUGGGGCGACGUUGGGCCUGGGCUGGCUGUGGAGGGAGGAGAUACUCGCCACCAGGAGGCACAGGGAUGCGCUGACGGUUGAGAGUGUUGGAAGGUUGCACGGGAAGUUUCGAAAGGAUUAGGUGAGGGGUGAAGGUCCAUGGAAACCGAGGAAUCAAUACAGUAGACUGUGGACGUUGAGGCGGUGAGUUUGAAUGGGAGUCUGCUUACACGCGCAAAUGGAGCUGUUAGCAGGUGUGGUUAGCGUGCCUGGUUGGAACAAAUACGAAUGCCAUAGAUCAUAGAUGCAUGUAUGAAGGCGGCCG